UUAUUUCUCCCUUAAUUCUUUAACAUGUUUUUAACAAACCAAACCUAUUCUUAAUUUUCCUCUUCGAUUCCACUUUCCAAACCGUGCUACCUGAUACCUAUUUAUUUUCUAUUUUAUUUCAAUAAUUAUUCCAUUCCUCUCUUAUUUGGUUUUAGUGAACCGAACGUGCUGUAGAUGUGGAUAGAAACGAGAGAGAGAGAGAGAAAUAGCAUAUGUAUAUGCAGAAUUAAAAUUAAUAGAAGGAAAGGAAAGAGAGAGAAGAGAAAUACUAAAAUAAAUUGGAAGUAGAAGACGGUUGAUUGCUUGGGAGGAAGAGUCUAGGUUUCGUGAAGGACGCUCUGGAAUCCGCGUUUAUCCCACGGAGCUGAUUCGUUGUUUUCAAAAAGAAAAAACCAUAAUUGCUUUUCUUCAUCAUCGAUCAAAUAAGAAGAAGGGAGUGGGGAGGAGGAAGAGGAAGAGGAAGAGGAAGAUCAGAUCUGCAACUUUGAUUUCAAUUAUAGAUAUUAUACUACAUGUAUAUCUGAUAAUAAAAAAUACUAGCAGAGGCAAUUGUGAGCGAUGUUGGAGGACAAAGCGAUUCCUGGCGAUGAAACCAAAGAAUCCAGUCCGCCUCUGCCGGUGGUCAAGAAGAAAGGCAAGGGACUCCUCUCCCGCAUCUGGAAUGCAAUCUUUAGGAUUCACGGGGACGAUUUCGAGAAGAGACUUCAACACAUUUCCAAGGAAGAGGCCGUUGUUCUUGCCCGAAUUAAAAGAAGAUCCCAGACCUGGAGGAGAAUGAUUAGGCAUCUCAUUGUCUUUUCUGUCAUUUUGGAGGUUGUUGCAGUUGCUUAUGCCAUCAUGACUACAAGAUCCGUGGAGUUGAAUUGGAAGACGAGGGCAUUUCGAGCUUUGCCAAUGUUCCUUUUGCCUGCUUUUUGCUCUGUUGCUUAUUCUGCAUUUGUACGCAUCACAAGGAUGUGUGAUCAUAGGGACCAGAAAACUCUAGAAAGACUACGUGCUGAAAGGCAAGCAAAAAUUGAUGAACUCAAGGAGAAGACAAAUUAUUACACUACACAACAGCUUAUUCAGAGAUAUGAUCCUGAUCCUGCAGCAAAAGCUGCCGCUGCAACUGUCCUGGCAUCUAAAUUGGGUGCAGAUUCAGGUUUGAAAGUCCAUGUUGGAGAUGAAUCUGGCCUUAAUGUGCCAGUGGAGAAGAGCAAUGAUGUUGAGGUACUGCCAUCAAGUGGACUAAGAAAAAGAAAGCAAUUGCAUACUGGAUCCAGUAGUACAGGAAGCACUCCAUUGCUCCAUUCUGAUGAAGAAACACCUCAUUCUGCAGGGAAUGAGGGUCCUCGAGCUUCUGAGUAUGAUCAACUAGUUGUUGAUCAUUACUAUCCACAGGGUCCUUCCACACAUGAUGGGGGAUGGCUUGCUCGAAUUGCUGCCUUACUUGUGGGUGAAGAUCCAACACAGUCAUAUGCACUCAUAUGUGGCAACUGCCAUAUGCACAAUGGACUUGCCAGGAAGGAGGAUUUCCCAUACAUAACUUAUUACUGCCCACACUGCCGCGCCCUGAAUAGGCCAAACCAAUCGGAAGAGCAUGUUUCUGGUUCUAGCCUCCCUAGUAUGAACCCCUUGGAAUCAGAAGGAAUUGGUGAUGCAAUAAAAAAUUCCGGUGGUAGCAUGAGUGAGGGUGUUCGGACAAGCAACAGCCCUGUGAGAUCUGGUUCUGAGAUUGAGGAAGUGACUGAAAACUAGUGUAAGGGGAUCCAGUUGGCUAAGAUGCAUAUCCAUAUGGGGCAAUGAAAUUGAGUGAGAUGUUCUGUUUUGUCAAGAGAUGGUUCUUGUUGGGCUUUGAUCUCAUUUGUAGCCUGUAGGUAUAAGGAACGCUUGAUCUCUGAAUUUGCUGAUGCUUUUGGUUGUGUGGCUAAAAAAUUAUUGAGAUAGCUUACUGGGAUCUUGUGAUUAUACAUACAUACGUAGAUGUAGAUCACUUUCCAUCAUGGAAAAGGUGUUCCUGUACCAUUUUUCCUCUCGUUCUUCUUUGUGGGCUAUAAAGUGAAAAUACUUGUGGAACUUCCAAAAGUUGAUGAAAAAUUUCGUUGUGCUUGUAACAAAUUUAUAUUUAAUUAUAAACACACAUGAAAUGUUGCGAUGAAAAUUAUUCCGGUGAAUAGGAUAAUUAUAGAAAAUUAUCCCUGAUAGGCAGCCAAUUACCCUUCCACGGGGAUAAUUUUCAGUUUUUUUUAAGGUUGAAAUAUUAAAAGAAAUGUUGACAUGCA